AUGCUGCGAUCAACUCUUCUCCUCGCCCUCGCGGGCUUGACCGUUGCGACUGAUAGCGUCCACUUCAGCAACUCCAAAGCAGCACAGCCAAAAGGCCUUCCCCUUCUCUCUGGCUUCACUCCUCGCCCUCAGACCCUCAGCCUGGCUGGUUCUUGCCCCGCUGGCAAGACAUCAUGCGAUAACAGUUGCAUGGAGACAGGCGCCCAGUGCUGUAACAAGGGAACAGGAGCCUACUGUGAUGAUGGCUAUCAUUGUCAAGCUGAAGGCUGCUGUGAAAAUGGAAAGUUAUGCUCUGGUCCUCCAACUGGCUGCACGCCGGGAAAGGAGCUCUGCGGAGCGUAUUGUGUCACUAAAGGCGAGUGCGUCAACGGCUCACCGUCUGGUGGAAGUGGUGGUUCCUCCGGCGGUUCUUCUGGGGGCUCAUGCUUGAGCUUCCAAGAGACCUGUGGUGAUGGUUGUAUGCCCAAGGGCAUGGUUUGCUGCGAUACCGGCUACUGUCUCCGUGGCCAAAAGUGCGGCUCUGGUGGUACAUGCAACUAUGGCUCUGGCUCUGGCGGCAGUUCAGGAGGCUCUUCUGGUGGUUCUUCCAGCGGUAGCUGCGCGACCUACCAAGAGAAGUGCGGUGAUGGCUGUAUGCCCAAGGGAAUGGUCUGCUGUGACACAGGAUACUGUCUCUCCGGACAAGUCUGUAGCAGCGACGGCACUUGCAGCUAUCGUUCAAGCGGUGGUGGCGGAGGAAGCAGUGGCGGCUCGGGCGACGACGAUGACAAGCUCAGCUUCACUCGAGAGUCCCCAACACUUACCUUCGACUCUCCCUCAUUCACAGCCCCUUCGAUCGAACCUGUUCCCACAAUCGAUAGCGACAACAAGUUUUCUACCUUCUCUUCUUCUGCUGAGCCUACCGGCCUCAGGUCUGGUGGCAACGAUGAUGGAGACAGCGGCAGUAGCAGCAGCAAUGACAAUGGAGGAAGCAACAGUGGCUCUAUCUUAGUGCCUAGCUUCUUCAUGGGCCUCAUUGCCAUGGUCCCUCUUUUCCUUUAA